AUGGCCGUUGCAAAUGGCCACCUCGACCCCCCGAGCGACGUCUUCGCCGCCACCUCGGUGGCUGAGCUCCAUGCCGCCCUCCAGCAGCUGCACCACCAGGAAGCCACCGUCACGCAGCGCCUCAACACGCUCAUCGCAUCGCAGAAGGACCUGUCGCGCGAACUCGGCCGUCUCGACCUCCUCCGCGCCCACCUCGGCUCCCAGGCCGUCAACACGCGCGCCAUCAGCAAUGGCAUGCUCUCGGACGCUGCCUCGACUGCGAACCGCAUCUCGAGCGCCGUGAAGCGCCUGGACCAGGAGCAGACCAACGUCAAGGCGACGCUGGAGGUGGUCGAGCAGGUCGCCGAGCUCAAGGCAUGCGUGCUGGGCGUCCAUGGCUCCAUGGGCGCCCCGCAGGACUGGGAGACGGCCGCCAGCUAUCUCAGUCGCGCCUCCAAGAUACCCGACGAGGUUGUGAACGGCAGCUUUGCAGAGGAGAUUGUGCCGACUGCAGAGGUGCCCGACCCGCCGCGGGUCACGCUGGACGCCGCCGCCGAGUCGCUGUGUGGCCUGUUCCUGCGCGAGUUUGAAAAGGCUGCAAAGGAAGGCGACGGCUCCAAAGUCACGCGCUUCUUCAAGCUGUUCCCCUUGAUUGGACGAACAAACGUCGGCCUGGAUGCGUACGGACGAUAUGUCUGCCAGGGCGUAGCUGCCAGGGCGCGAGCCAACUUCAAUUCGGCCCCGCCAGCUCAGAGAAAAGAGGGCUUCUUCUACGGCAACACCAUCACGAAGCUCUUCGAACACAUUGCCCAAAUCGUAGACGGCCAUGAGCCACUCGUAGAACAACACUACGGGCCCGGCAUGAUGGCCAAAGUCAUCGAGCGACUGCAGAUAGAAGCCGACGUUCAAGGUGGCAUCAUGCUCGACACCUGGCAUGAUGAACGCAACAUUGACCGCAAGCUCACCGACAUCAAGUCGUAUGCCUACUCUUUCCUCGUCCAGAGCUUCUUUCCUACUCAGAAGCCUGCUGGUGGUACUCCUCGCUCGAACUCACCCGCCAAUGCAGUGCGCACGAGCGAAGACGAGGGCGUCAACAUGAAAGAAGUCGAUGGCCUACUUGGGGAGAGUGCUCUGAUGCUUGGGAGGUGGGCCUUGUACUCGAGGUUCAUCUCCGACAAGUGCGCUUCUUCCCAACCUGAAGAGCGCAUCGAUCACGGUCUGGUGAUGCCAGAAUUCUUGGCCACAAGCAAUCUCCAGAAAAAGGUCUCGAGCCACCUAGUCGAGCCCUUCAACGUCAUGACACAGUUCUUUUUCCGGCGCUCUGUGGAAAAGGCCUUCCAGCUCGACGAAUCACCGUCAGAUCUCACACUCAACCCGUCAAAACCACUUGGCUCGAACCCACCGUUCAUCACUUCUGCGGUAGACGAUGUCAUGUACAUCGUCAACCAAGUCUUACAGAGGACGCUAGCCACUUCGCAACGUGCUAUCAUCGCCAACGUGGAGCCUACAAUCGCCCACAUCCUAGGUAACGACUUCAUUGGCAUGAUCCAACGGAAGAUGCGCGACGAGUGCUAUCCCAAGCCUGUCAUACAAGGUGGGCUGCCUCCUGAGAGCAAAGUCAUUGCAUUCCUACUCCUCACCAAUAAUCUCGAUGUGUCCAACGACUACGUCAAGCGCAUCAUUGACCAGCAACUCAACAAGCGCCCUCAAUCUGAUGAUGAGGAUACCAAAUCACCUUUGCAGGAGCUCUACCCUUUUGGACAUGAUGCCGUCUUCGUUGAGGGUAGAUUGAAAGCUCUACAAAACGGCUUCGUGUCGAAGAGUAGUGAGCUGAUCAACGAUGGAAUCACUGUUCUGUUCUCCGAGGUGCUCAAACCCCGCAUUCGGCCAAUUUUGGCCGAGGCCUUCCGCGAUAUCGAUUAUGCCCCACAAGAAGAUGAAGACGACAUGGACGACGACGAGGAUGAUGACACUGAUCUGGUCAAGUCUCGUUUUGAUCGAGGCUGGGGCGUCGUGAUUCGUCCCAUCAAGCGCAUCUUGACUGCUGCGAACUUUGACCGCUUGCUUACGUUAGCCCUAAACUACCUCGCUAGCGCACUCGAGAAGCGCAUUAGAAGCUACUACGGACGAGUUAACGAGCUGGGAGCUGUUCGCCUGGAGCGUGACAUUGCAGGUAUCAUCGCCGCCGCUGUUGCCGGUGGUAAAUAUGGUCUCCGCGACGCUUUCACCAAAUGUACGCAGAUGACGCUGAUCAUGAACAUGGAGGAUGAUGAAUGGCAAGAGGUUGCCGAAAAAACCACCGAUGAUUCCGGCAUGUCAUGGGUCCUCGACGCAGAAGAGAGGAAAAGAUGUCCUAUCUACACUGGAUAUUCUGCGCAGCGUCACGAACCGUUCUCGACAGGCAAAUAUGGACUUUCUGACAUGCGGCCUAUCGCGCCGUGCCGGACAUUUCGCGUUCAGGAGAUUGAAGACGAAAUUGAGAGAUUGAAGAAUGUCAUCGUGGAUCCUGACCUCUUCCGUCUGUUCCAAAAUAGCUGGCCGAGCACGCUGGACACCACAGUUGGGUGGCACGGCUGGUCGAAUGCAACUACUGUGGCUGCCGACGGCACAAUCAAAGAGGGGAUGAAAGAAGAGUUGACUUUCCUCAUCACGGGCGAUAUCGAGGCCAUCCUCGACAGCCUUGCCAGCCUGUUCCGAGGGGCGAUCAACUUGCAGGCGCGAUACAUCCUAUCGAACCCCUUCUGCAACGCCUUCCAAGCCCCAGAUGAAAGUGGCAUAGUUCGGAAGAGCAGUCAAAAUAGUGACACGAUCUCGCCACCGUAUGAUUACUUUAGAGUCUUCUCAUGCCAAUGGGAGCUCGAUUCAGUUGCCUCGUUCCUGCAGCUAUCUACAGACUACGUAACUGCCACCGGCGACUUCGAAUUCUUUCAGAAGUCUUCAAACUGGACCAAGGCUGUCGACCUUAUUCUUCAAACAGCAGAGAGCAUGAUGAUUGAUUCCUACGAUGACGAUGGCAAAUGGCAACACACGCCCUACACCUAUUGUGCUCCUUACGGCGGCACGCCCAUCAACAACUGUAAUGGUUCCCCGCACCGAGGGCAUAUUGGCCUCGUCCGCUCCUUCCACCGUCCCAGCGACGAUGCGUGUAUCUACCAAUACUUGGUCCCCUCCAACAUGAUGUUCAGCUCCGCCCUCAACACUUCGUCAAACAUAAUGUCUCGCAUCGAACCUGCCGACGGUAAGCUCACUUCCCGAAUGCGUGAAAUGGCCACUGGCAUCAAUCGCGGCAUCGUGGACCAUGCUAUCAUAACCGACCCGAAAUAUGGCAAAAUCUACGCCUUCGAGGUCGACGGGUAUGGUUCCCAUAUCUCAAUGGACGAUCCGAACGUCCCCUCUCUACUAUCGGCCCCCUUCCUCUCUUACACUACUGUUCACGACCCCGUCUAUCAAAACACACGACGCAAGAUCCUGUCCCGAGAUAAUCCGUACUUCUCACGCGGACCCGUCAUCACGGGCCUGGGAUCCCCGCACACCUGGCCAGGAAAAGCCUGGCCUAUGGCAAACAUCAUGACUAUCCUCACCAGCGAGGACGAUGCGGAAAUCAUAUCGAACCUCAAGAUGCUGCUGUCAAGUACCAGUGGGCUAGGACUGAUGCAUGAGAGCGUGGACAGCCACCAAGAGGGGAGUUACACGAGGAGUUGGUUCAGCUGGGCGAACGGGCUUUUUGGCCAAGUCAUUCUGGAUCUAGAGAAGCGAAGGCCGUGGGUUUUGGAGAUGAGCUUUCAGGAGUGA